AUGGCCGACUACCACGCGCUCCCAGAGGCUCCAGGCGCGUCGUCCAGCGGCCACAGCCACCAGGACACGUGCGCACGUCACGGCCCGACACACAGUUCACCCGCUGCUCCGUCUGCAGGGACUCUCAAAGCGUCCAGCGCGCCCCCGCCGCUGGUUCCUAGCGCCGCGGCCGACGCGCUGAUGGAAGUGGACACGGCCAACAGCGCAGCCAGCGACGACGCACAUGUCGCAGCCUGUCCAGCCCCUUCUACGCCCUCGCGGCCGGUGUGGAUGUCCGGCUACGGGCGCAAUUCGUACUUUACGUGGCGCCUGCGGACCAGUGCGGGCUUGGUCUUGUGUCUGGCGGUUACCGGUAUUGCGGUAUUCUGGCUGACUAAAGACGUGGCGCACGGCGGCGUCUACGUCUCGGACAUGAGCCACGCGCUCCAGUUCAAGCGCACGAGGACGACGGCGUGCAUUGCCGGGACCAAGUACUGCGGCGCGUGCGACACAGUCGUCGUGUACGCGAUGCUCGUGUACCACGUGUCGCCGCUGGUCGUGCUCAUUGGUCUCCCAGCGUCGGGCAUGGGGGUGUUUGAACCCUUUGAACGCCAUCACGCCGGCGGCGGGCGACAGAAGCUCCAGCGGUCGGUGUUUUUCCAGUUUUGUGAACUGCUGAGCGUGCUCAUGCUCGCGUUCAGCUUGGUCAUGAUGAUCUACUUUGCCUACGCGCUGUUCCAGGGCAACAACUUCUUUUGCAACAGUGCUUCGGCGAUUGUGUACGUCGUGUGUGCCGCCGCGACAUUUUUCGGCAAUUUCGUCGUGCUCACGUACUUUGCGCGGUUCCGAGAGCACCUGAGCAUGCAAUUAGGGGCGUUUAAGGAAACCGAUCAGACAGGCGGCAUUCGAUCGCGGAUCCACCGACGACAGAAUCAGUACAAGUCGGAGCGCUCGCGCGUGGUGGAUGAUGUGCGCAAACAUCUGUACAAGGAGAUAUCGUUGGGCAAUGUGGCAAAGAUGGAGACGUUGCUCGAGUAUACAAAAGAGCGUCUGGGCACAGACUUUGCUCAGGAGAUGUACAGUGACGCGAGGCUUACGCUGAAGCUCUUUGGCCGCUCAAAGAAGAACCCGAUGCAUAUAGCUGCGUAUAUGGGAAACGUCCAGGCGCUCCAGUUGCUUUUGGAAGCCGGCUUCCGUGUCGACAGCUAUGACAAGGUCUCUCGUGUGCGCUUCACCACUGGCGAUCUUUUCUGGACAUUUGCGCAGAUUUUUGUGUCCAAGCCGUUGAGUUCUGAGGACGAAACGGCUGCCACGAUCUUCCGCACCACGCUUGUGACGCCGCUGCAUUGUGCAGUGAGCACAGGUCAGAUUCAGGCUGCUCAGUGGCUGGUCGACCACGGCGCCGAUGUGAAUCUCAAGUCCAAGGCAUCGUACUGGUCGGAUCGAAUGCCGCCAUUGUUUGUGGCUGACAAUCCCGACAUCGUCACGCUACUACUUGAAGCUGGUGCAAACCACCUCGACGUGCCUGAUCCGGGGCAUAUGAACACGCUCACCGUGCUACAAAUGGCCUACAUGCGCGGCAACUUUCCCGUAGCACAAGAACUGGAAAAGUGGGGCGCCGAUGUUGCCCUUACGCCUCUUCAUGAAGCUGCGGCGAGAAAUAGUACAAGGACCAUUAAGAUACUGCUGAAGACUGGCGCUGAUCCCAAUUGCGUGGGCGAGUAUGGAUACAUCGGCAUGCAUCGCCGCACGCCGUUGCACUGGGCAGCAAUCAGUGGCGCAGUUGAAGCAGUUCAAGUGCUGCUCAAAGCUGGAUCGGACCCGAAUUUCCAGGACAUUUUUGGCCGGUCACCUCUGCAUUGGGCGGCACGUGUGAAUAAACCCGACGUUGUACAGGUGUUGCUCAUGAAUGGUGCCGCCGUCAACCUGCGCGACUAUCGUGAUCACACGCCUCUGCUAUGCGCUGCAUCGUCAAAGAAUGUGAGUGUCGAUCUGUUCGAAUGCCUCGUCCAGCACGGUGCAGACAUUGACGAUCACCUUCCUAAUGGUGACACAGCCUUGCAUAUUGCUAUGAAAUGCGAGCAAAAAGGUACGGCUUUGGCACUGUUGGAAGUGGGGGCAGAUGUGAUGGAGACAAAUUGCGACGGGUACCGUCCCGUGGACUGCACGACGUCAACGCAAUUGCAAUUCGAGAUCAAGCAGGCUGCGGGCGACCGAGACGUCAUGAUCAGCUAUACGCAUUCACACAGCGAGUUUGCGCUGAAAAUUCGCGACAGCCUUGAGCGUGCUAGCAUUACUUCGUGGCUUGACCUCAUGGACCCGAGUGGUAUUGGAGGUGGGUCGGUGUGGCGUGAAGAGAUUGCGCGUGGAAUCAAGAAUGCAGAAGUGAUCAUCUGUCUGUACACGGAAGACUACGCACGUUCGGAGUGGUGCCUGAAGGAGCUGGCAUUGGCCAAGCAACUCGGGAGACCGAUUAUUCCGGUGUCAACUGAGGGCGCUGCAGUCACGGAUGAAAUGCAAGUAUACAUUUACACUCGACAGAUGGUGCCCUUUGAGCCGGCCAUCAAGUCGAUAAACAACGCCAACAAGCGCAAGGUCACGUACGAAUAUGACGAGAAGCGAUUCGCAGCCCAGUUCCGUCUGUUGCUGGACGGCGUUCGUGACGAGAUCGCAAAGCAUCGCGAGGCUACAAUUCUCGGGGGAGGCAAUCGCCGUCUGGCGAAUGGUACGAGUGAUGCAACCUUUGGCGAGAAUGGAAUGGACUGGAGUUCAGCCGCGUUGGAUAGUACGAAAUACGCAUUCAUUUCACACGGUGACCAUCACUACGUCUUUGUGAAGCGUCUGCGCGACCGACUGCAAGAAAACAAUGUGAGGUGCCUCGUAGAUGGCACGCAAAUGUUUCUAGGCAUGACCGAGCGCAUUCGCGCUGCGAAGGAGGCUAUUCUCAAGUGCGAGGCGUUUAUCGUGGUGCUGUCGAGUAAGACUGUUAACAGUGAACUAGUCAAGGACCAGCUGGCGUUUGCUGAAGACAAGGGAAAGUGCAUUCUUCCUGUGAUGCUGAACGACAUGGAGAUUCCGUUGGACAAGCACUACACACUCUCGCGCGUCGAAUUAUUGCAUUUUACACCGGAGCUGGGCUUCAACUCGAGCUUUAUGCAAUUGCUGAGCCGUGUGCGGGACAACAUGACCCCCGCAAACGCGUCCUUUAGUUCGUCACGAGCAGCAACGCGUCCGGCCUUUCGAGCUGUGGCUCAAAUGGCACUUAUGAGUAAUCCACGUCGGCAAAACAGUUUGGCUGCGAACGGCGUCGCUCGCCCUUUUUUCGGACGUCCCCCUUUGCCGGAAACUCCCGUGGCGCCCGUGGAGCCAAACGACACGAACGUGACGAAAGUUUGA